AUGCCUCCGGACCGGUCUUCCUUCAAAGCCUUGAACACCCCUCAGGAAUCAGUGCCGCAAUGGAUGGGCUCGUUCGACCUGUCGGCAGCUCCAAACACCGAUUUAUGGCGGAAACCGCCCUGCCGGGACACCUCCACCGCACCGAUUCUGUACACGUCGCUUCGGCACCGUUUCACAUCUGCUGAGGUGACGGUGAGCGCUGACCUGGAGUUCGAGUGGGAUCAGGCAGGAUUAGUGAUCUUCGCCGGGGCGCCUCCGGGACGGGAAGAGCGACCCGGAGGGGUGGAAACGGUAAUCGUACCUUCGAUCCCGGCUACAGAGCGCGAUGUGUCAUCCUUAGUAUCUGCUAUUUCCAUUGACUCGGAUUCUCCGUCCCCACUGUCAACCAGUGGGACUCCACCACCGAGGACACCUGACUCGAUGAACUCAGCGACUCUUCAGAUAGAUCAACUUGUUGAUCACGUCCAAGCACCCCCUCCGUACCCUCACGCUGUCCCCGCAUCAAAAUGGAUCAAACUCUCUCUGGAACUCUCCUCCAAUGCUCCUCACGCGACCGCUGUCGUCGCCACCCCCGAUGGCGCCGACUGGUCUGCCACCACGCUCCCCGGCCAAGGACGAUUUGAAAACGGCCCGGCAUUUCCUGACAGUACGCGACCGGCCAUGUCCGCGACGCCCGCGCGCCUCGGCGACGCGCUCUGGCUCUGGUACCAGCCGCUCCCCGCACCUGCGGGCCCGCGCCCUGGCGAGUGGGUGAAGCUGCGGGAGGUGACCUGGUUUUUCUUCGGGGUGGAAGAUAAGGUGAUUCGGGUGGGGGUGUAUGCGAGUCGGCCGGCGAGC